CAUAUGCAGGUCUAUGGCAUACAAAUGUUUUUAGAUUUGUUGCGGCAGCGUGACAGUGUAACGCUCGCCAAUGCGCACUUGCUCAUAGCGCUAGCGCUAACAACCCUCAAGAAUCGGGAAUCAUAUACAUUCUUGAAUUGCGUACGGCUGUUCGUUGGUCUGGUGCAUGUGAUGGAAGCCGAGGUGCUGGAAACAUUGUCCGAUGAGUACCUUAGCGACCAGGCGCAAAUCGAUUAUCGGUUGGUGGUGGGAGAAGCGAUGCUAAAAGUGGGACAAGAAUUGGGUCCAUUAUGCUAUAAAUAUAAAGAUACAUUGCUGAAUUGCUUUAUGCAUGGCGCGCGAAGUCCACUUAAUGAAUUCCGUAUGUCGUCCUUUUCCAAUCUGGCGCAAUUGGCGCGCAUACUAUGCUAUCAAGUGCAAAAAUUCUUCCAAGAACUACUCAACCUCGUCGAUUGUGAGCUAAGUACUGGCAAAUACUUGCCUGCCAAGCGCGCUGCUACCUUGGUGCUAAGCGAACUGCUGACAGGCAUCGAUAGUCUGCUGGAAUUUGAAGAAAUGCUAUUGCCAAUUUAUCGCGUUCUCAAGGUAAUCGAAGCCGACGAAGAUGCUGAUGUAAAAAUGCGUCAGCAUGCUGCCAAUGGCCUUAAAACUUUGGCGGAAAAAUGCAAAAAGUUUCUUUUCCCGGAAGCGCAACUACAGAAGGAGAUACACAUACCCGGUAUUAAUGAGCCGAAAACAAAUCGGGGUAAUACAAAAAAACACAUUUUAGAGUUAAACUAAAAUACUUGCUUUAUUUUACUUCACAAAAUAUGUGUAUAUUUUUU